GUGGCAGCUCCUCGGCGGGCCCGACUCCUUCUUCCUCCUGCAGGGACAACAGGCCAGGGCUUCGCAUCGGGUUCCGGGCGCGUUCGGCUAAGCCAUGGCGGUCUCCGCGCUGCAGCAGGGCAUGGUCUCGGUCGUGCUGCUGCUCUGCCUCUUCGUGGCCGUGCCCAGGCUGUUCGGGGGCGGAGGAGGAGCAGGGAGGGCCUUGCGCGGGGGCAAGGCUGGCCCCGGUCGCUCCGAUCCCUAUCCGCCACGCACAGGUGCCUCUGAGAGAGUUCAUCAGUCUCAUCUGAAUUCAGGAAGUUCUCAAAGUAAAACAUACCAAAGCUUUCAACAGAUGAGGAAUGUAAUGGAAAAGGACAGGAAGAGUGAGAGAACUAGAGGCAGUGGCAAAGACUUAGCAUUUACCCUCAUGCCCUUGUAUGCUGUUGGUGUGGGGGUGUUUGCAGCAUACAAAUUCCUAAAGAUGAAAUCUCAAGAAGGAAGUUCUUCCAAGAAAGAGAAAAAUACAGAAGAAGAGAAAGCAAAAGAAACAGAACAUCAGCUUUUGGAACUGGAGCAGCAUCUAGCACAGACAGAGAAAAUUUUAAAUUCUUUAUUGACUCAGUUAGACCCACUGUCAAACUGUGUUAAUGCUUUGGCUUGUGAACAGAAAGAUGAAAUAAUGACACAGCUCCAGUCCAUUAGACAGCUGAUGAAGGAAAGUGGAUUGGAUAAAUCAGAAGUGACACCAAAAGAUGUUAAUCACACAUAUAAUGAGAAACUUGAAGAUCUCAUUCAGUCAUUUGGCAAACACACUCAGGAAAAAGCAGAGGACAGUGAAGAUCGUAGUAUUGAAGAUCUGCUUGAAGAUACUGAUGGUUGUUCCAGAAAGGAAGAGCAUGAACUAUGUGACUGUGAAUUCACACUUAAUCAGCUGGUUGAGCCAAAGGUGAUAGAAGUUCAAGAAAUAAUAAAUAGAGAGAUACUGGAUCCAGAAGAGACUGAAUUAAGGAGGCGUAAUAAAUAUGAAUUAAAUAUGCAUAUAUAAAAUGUUCAGAAUUAAAGAAUUGUUGCACAUAA